AGGCCGGGGCCCGGGGGCGGACAGCGGCUACGGGGUGGCCAGGGAGCAUGCCCGUGCAGCCCCGCUGAAUGGCGCCUUCUCUGCGAACCCUCGCCCGGCCUCGGCCGCCAGGGAUGCUGCUGCUCCGCGCGCUCCUACUGCUCCUCGGCUCAGUUCCAGGAGUGUGGUGCUUUAGCGAACUGUUUUUUAUAAAAGAACCACAGGAUGUAACUGUCACAAGAAAGGACCCAGUCUUGUUAGAUUGCCAGGCUCAUGGAGAAAUUCCUAUUAAGGUCACAUGGUUGAAAAAUGGAGCAAAAGUGUCUGAAAAUAAACGGAUCCAGGUUCUGUCUAACGACUCUUUAUACAUCAGUGAGGUGGAAGGCAAGCGAGGAGAGCAGUCUGAUGAAGGAUUUUAUCAGUGCUUGGCAAUGAACAAAUAUGGAGCCAUUCUUAGUCAAAAAGCUCAUCUUACCUUAUCAACUAUUUCUGCAUUUGAAGUUCAGCCAAUUUCUACUGAGGUCCAAGAAGGUGGAAUUGCUAGAUUUGCAUGCAAGAUUUCAUCAAAUCCUCCUGCAAUUAUAACAUGGGAAGUAAAUCGAACAACUCUACCUGUAACUAUGGACAGGAUAACUGCCCUACCAACAGGAGUAUUGCAGAUCUAUGAUGUUGGCCAAAGGGAUGCUGGAAAUUAUCGCUGUGUUGCUGCUACUGUAGCUCACAGGCGUAAAAGUAUGGAGGCCUCCCUAACAGUGACUCCAGCUAAGGAAUCUAAAUUCUUCCACACACCAACCAUUAUAGCAGGUCCACAGAACAUAACAACAUCUCUUCAUCAGACUGUUGUUUUGGAAUGCAUGGCCACAGGAAAUCCCAAACCAAUCAUUUCUUGGAGCCGUCUUGAUCACAAGUCCAUUGAUGUCUUUAAUACUCGGGUACUUGGAAACGGUAAUCUCAUGAUAUCUGAUGUCAAGCUGCAACAUGCUGGAGUAUAUGUUUGUCGGGCCACUAUCCCAGGCACACGAAACUUUACAGUUGCCAUGGCAACUUUAACUGUGUUAGCUCCUCCUUUGUUUGUCGAAUGGCCAGAAAGUUUAACAAGGCCUCGAGCUGGCACUGCUCGAUUUGUAUGUCAGGCUGAAGGAAUCCCUUCACCCAAAAUGUCAUGGUUGAAAAAUGGAAGAAAGAUACAUUCAAAUGGUAGAAUUAAAAUGUACAACAGUAAGUUGGUAAUUAACCAGAUUAUUCCUGAAGAUGAUGCUAUUUAUCAGUGCAUGGCUGAGAAUAGCCAAGGAUCAAUUUUAUCUAGAGCCAGACUCACCGUAGUAAUGUCAGAAGACCGACCCAGUGCUCCCUAUAAUGUGCAUGCUGAAACCAUGUCAAGUUCAGCCAUCCUUUUAGCUUGGGAGAGGCCACUUUAUAAUUCAGACAAAGUUAUCGCUUAUUCCGUGCACUACAUGAAAGCAGAAGGUUUAAAUAAUGAAGAAUAUCAAGUAGUCAUUGGAAAUGACACAACUCAUUAUAUUAUUGAUGACUUAGAACCUGCUAGCAAUUAUACUUUCUACAUUGUGGCAUAUAUGCCAAUGGGAGCCAGCCAGAUGUCUGACCAUGUGACACAGAAUACUUUAGAGGAUGUUCCUCUGAGACCUCCUGAAAUUAGUUUGACAAGUCGCAGUCCCACUGAUAUCCUCAUCUCCUGGCUGCCAAUCCCAGCUAAAUAUCGGAGGGGCCAAGUGGUGCUCUAUCGUCUGUCCUUCCGCCUAAGCACUGAGAACUCUAUCCAAGUUCUGGAGCUCCCAGGGAACACACAUGAGUAUCUUUUGAAAGGCCUGAAACCUGAUAGUGUCUACCUGGUGCGGAUUACUGCUGCCACCAGAGUGGGGCUGGGAGAGUCAUCAGUAUGGACUUCACAUAGGACACCCAAAGCUACAAGCGUACAAGCCCCUAAGUCUCCAGAGUUACAUUUGGAGCCUCUGAACUGUACCACCAUUUCUGUGAGAUGGCAGCAGGAUGCUGGGGACACAGCAGACAUCCAGGGCUAUAAGCUGUACUACAAAGAGGAAGGGCAGCAGGAGAAUGGACCCAUCCUCUUAGACACUGGUGACCUUCUCCACACGCUCAGUGGUUUAGACCCCAGAAGAAAAUACCAUGUGCGGCUGCUGGCUUACAAUAACAUAGAGGAUGGUUACCAGGCAGAUCAGACAGUUAGCACCCCAGGAUGCGUGUCUGUUCGUGAUCGCAUGGUUCCUCCUCCUCCACCACCCCACCAUCUCUAUGCGAAGGCUAACACCUCAUCUUCCAUCUUCCUGCACUGGAGGAGGCCUGCAUUCACGACUGCACAAAUAAUUAACUACACCAUUCGCUGUAACCCUGUUGGCCUGCAGAAUGCUUCUUUGGUUCUGUAUAUUCAAACAUCAGAAACCCAUAUGUUGGUUCAAGGUCUAGAACCAAACACCAAAUAUGAAUUUGCUGUUCGAUUGCAUGUGGAUCAACUUUCAAGUCCCUGGAGUCCCGUCGUCUACCAUUCUACACUUCCAGAAGCACCAGCAGGACCACCAGUUGGAGUAAAAGUGACGCUGAUAGAAGAUGAUACUGCUCUGGUCUCUUGGAAACCCCCUGAUGGCCCAGAGACAGUUGUGACACGCUAUACUAUCUUAUAUGCAUCAAGGAAGGCCUGGAUUGCAGGAGAGUGGCAGGUCCUACACCGAGAAGGGGCAAUCACCAUGGCUUUGUUGGAAAACCUGGUGGCAGGAAAUGUCUACAUUGUCAAGAUAUCUGCAUCCAAUGAAGUGGGGGAAGGACCCUUUUCGAAUUCUGUAGAGCUGGCAGUGCUUCCAAAGGAAAGUUCUGAAUCAAAUCAGAGGCCCAAGCGUUUAGAUUCUGCAGAUAGCAAAGUUUAUUCAGGAUAUUACCACCUGGACCAAAAAUCAAUGACUGGCAUCGCUGUAGGUGUUGGCAUAGCCUUGACCUGCAUCCUCAUCUGUGUUCUCAUCUUGAUAUACCGAAGUAAAGCCAGGAAAUCAUCUUCUUCCAAGACAGCACAGAAUGGAACCCAACCAUUAUCUCGUACCAGUGCCUCCGUGGCCAGUGGACAUGAAGUAGGAAAGAACCUGGAAGAGGCUGUAGAAAGUGAAGACUCCUUAAUGCCAAUGAUGAUGCCCAACAGCUUCAUUGAUGCAAAGGGAGGAACUGACCUGAUAAUUAAUAGCUAUGGUCCUGUGAUUAAAAACAACUCCAAGAAAAAAUGGCAUUUUUUCCAAGAUUCUAAGAAGAUGAAAGUUGAGCAGCCUCAAAGAAGAUUUACUCAAUCGGUCUGCUUUUACCAGCCAGGCACGACUGUGCUAAUUAGUGAUGAAGACUCCCCCAGCUCCCCAGGUCAGACAGCCAGCUUCCCAAGACCCUUUGGUGUUGCAGCUGAUACUGAGCAUUCAGCCAAUAGUGAAGGCAGCCACGAGACCGGAGAUUCUGGAAGGUUCUCCCAUGAAUCCAAUGAUGAGAUACACCUGUCUUCAGUUAUAAGUACCACACCCCUGACCUCCAGUUCCUUCCCUGGCAGUGAUUCAGGUGGAGAUGCCUUGAAGAGGAAGUGUCAAGACCCUGCAGUGCCGUCAGAUGCUGAGCAAACUUCCUCUUCCAUUCUGCAGCUACCAUCUGCAAUGCUAAGCUUUGAUAAAAAUGAUUUUCCAAUCUAGACAGUCAUAUUCAGGUAUUCUCACCUUUAAUUCUGUUCGAAGGACAAUGAACAGGGAGCCAAAGCCUUUUGUGAAAAUCUUGAUGUCUUAUUGGGUAUUUCAGCUUUUUUGAAUGUGUUUUAUUUUUAAAUUCGCAUAUUUUGAAUGUUUCAUUGUCAGCAAUGUGAAAAGACAGUCAAGAUAUUUGACUGGAUUAUAAAAAUAUAUCACUGGAGCAAAGGGAAGACUUUUGAAAGCCCCUUUGCUAACUAUCUACCUCAGUUUGCCCGAUGGCAAACUUAGAAGACAACUUUGUUACCUCGUUUGUUGUGAUAGUUCUCAGCUACAUAACUGAUGAUACUUCCUAGUAGUGUUUUGUUUUCAUUGCUCUAUGUGUAAUGUGUGUGAUCAAAGGAGUCAUAUAGGUAGAUGAGUAAGAGUGUUUAUCUGAAGCUCUGAUUUUUAAAAAAAUAUAUGAUUCUGCAUGAUUUGUAUAUUUAACACCUCUCACUGUGAGGACUGUCAAACCACUAAGAAGCGGAAAAGUGGGACUGUUGAUUUUAGUGAAUGACCAAGACAAAAAAAAGUUUCUCUUGAGAAAAGAACUAUUUGGUAGCAUACAGAGAAUACUAUUGCUUCAAGAGCCUUUAUGUUUUGGGCAUUAGAGUCUGAAUGCUUUGUCUGCUGUAUCCCAAACUUAGCCUGCCUAGAGCUGUGCCUUUUCUGUCUUCCUCUUUGCCUGACAGCUGGCCAAAGGCUGCACUGUCUAGUUUGCAAAGCAUCCUCAAUUUCCAGAGUUAGUAGCAAAACUCCAUGCAGAAAACAGAUUUUUGAAGAGAAUGGGUUAAGGUUUUUGUUUUUAAAAAAAUCCCUACUUGGCUUAAAAGGCUAAAGGAAUUUCAUGAAAUACUAACAGUGAAAUAAGUGCAACGGUAGACAGUAAAAUUAACCUGAGGUUAGCAUGGUAACAGUGCCUUCCACUAUAUAUUAUGAAUUCUUUGCCUUAUAUCUUUUUAAUAUUCAUGAAGUCGUUCAGGACAAGAGUACAGAAAGUUGCCUUAAGACUGUCUUGGAUUUUAUCAGUAACUAUUUUGAUGUACAAUAUCUUAUCAAAGUGUUUUGGUUCGUUAUCCUGCAGGUUUUGUUUAGGGAUUAGUAUUCAGAGUCCUGCCACUUUGUACGCAUUUUCUUGACUUCUUAAGAGAAUUUGGUACUUUUAUUUAAUCUUCCUUCAGUGUCAAUGCUGCGAAUGAGGAAUGCUAACUCCAGGAGUGAGUUAAUCCUCUUGCUGGUUUGAAAUCAGCAAACUGUUUACUCAGCCACAUAGAACAGGCCUUCUCUGGGUCAUGAGACAGUUACCUACUAAGUGCCCAGCAGUGGGAGAGGAUACAGAAUCACAAUACAUGGUGUGGAGUGGGGGGGGCCAUAUCCUUUAAAAUGUAUUUUUUCAAAUUAUCUGGAAAUGACUUCUGAGCCUGACUUUAGAAGGAAUCUUAUGGUUUAUCCUUGAAACCUUUGGUUUAUAGAGGGGGGAUUAUGUUAAAUGGUGUUCUUAAAAUCAAAGGAAUAUUAUUGGAUAAUAUAGUCCUACCCUGUAGCAUCUUCUAUCCCAAUGUCUGAUGAUAUAUUUUUAAUUGUUUUUUUAAUCUGUAGUCUUGUGCCAAACUGGAUGUGUUCAGAAGUAGACCAACAUUAAGUGCCAGCAGCCACAUCUGAACUAAAUUCAAAGUCCCCAUUUAGCUAUCUAAGUAUGGGCCUCAUGACAAAAAAAAUUUUAAAAAGCAGAGCUUUAGGUGAACAAUCUGAGGCAAGGAAAAAUGCUGCUUCUGCCUUUAUAGCUCCUGUUUUAUACUACCUCCUUUUAAAGUUAUUCUAGUGUUAUUUUUUUUCCUGUACUCAGGGAACAUGUUAUUACUUUUAAGCUGCCUCAUGGAAGCAUGGGCAAAUUGACAGGGUAUGGCGCUUUUUGGUUCGUAAGUAGAAGUAUGUGGGGCCUACUUUUCUCAGUAUCUAAAAUUAAGGAGUACAAAAGUUCAUUUUAUUUCUUAAACUUUCAUUAAAAGGCAAAAAAAUACCUACAGCUGAAACAUCAUCCAUCAUGGUUAUGGAAGAUGUGUGUAGGACUGUAUGAAUUUAAAUCAUUUGGAAAGCCUAGAGAGAUGAUCUGAAGUCCUUGAGAAAAGUGUUUGGUUUGUUUGGUUUUUGAUAAAUAGGCCCAUAGUUGUUGUAGACCUUUAGGCUAUAACUAUUUGCUAAUCAUUUACCAGUGCAUUUCUUACUUUUUCACCUUUUGUUUCUAUACAGAUUUUUUCAUAAUAAUCAUGUUACCAAAGAAUUUUCAGUAAAAAGUGAAAAUUUGACUAUAAUUUCCCCCACUUGAAUUAACUAGAAACAUCUAUAGCUAAUGAAGCUUACACAAGUAGUUACUAAUUCAAAGUAAUAGGACUCAAAAUAAUAGGGUUUAUACUGAUUGCUGUAGUUAAAUAGACUAGUAAUCUUAACUACCUUAUUGUUACUAGAGCAUUUAAAAUAAGUUCUUUACCAGUAGAAAGUUCCAAAGAAUUUCAAGUGUAAUUUUUUUUCUUCAGCAAGUAAAUCUUCAACUAAACAGUAUUAAAGUAUUUUUAAAUUGUUGAAACUACUUGUUGGAGAGAAAAAAAGUCUUUUCACCAAAGAUAAAUAUUUUGGUCUCAUUGAAUAAGGUAUUUAGUGUACUGCAAAGACUUCUUUUCACUUGGCCAAAGCUAGCUUCUCUGAAGCCUUAAAUAUAAAAUUGUAACUAAAAUGUGAAGGUUCUCACUUCUGUCUCAUAGUGGUGUUACUUCAUGGUAUUUCACUCCAAAGGGGCUAAUAUGCAAAUGGUAACUGUAUUCUUUUCCAAAGACUUAUUUGCUGUAAGUACUGAUACAUGCAUGUCAUUUUUAUGCCAAAUAUUACAAGAUACUGCUCAUCAGUAUUUUCAUACCAAAGACCAUUAAAAUGUAUAGAUUAGCCUGUAAGUAAGUGAAGAUGAGCAGAUUUGAAAUAAAUUUAUUUAGAGGCUGAUAGGGUUAGCUUUAGUAGCAAAAUAUAUCAAAGGGCUAAGUUUACAUAAUUAAAAGCAAUACAAUUAUAUUGGUAUUUAUCAGUGUUUUUAGUCAAGUACUUUUUAUCAGCAAAUUGAAAAAACCAAAGAUAUUUAAGGUUACCUCCGCAUAUAAGCAAACUUAGUUGUACGUUAAAUUGUUGUUUCUUGUUUUUAUGUCAAAUAAACAUGUCUCUCCAGAACCCAGACUUUAUACAAAUAGCAUACAUAGGGACUUUCCAUGAAAUCUGCUGAUUCAGCCACGGGAUGUUUUUGCCAAAUGAUGUGAUCUUUCCCUAAGCACCUUAAGUAUGAGAUGUCAACAGAAAUAUCAGCAAGCUUUUCCAUUGCAGAUAUUAUGGUGGCAGUCCCUGAACUAGCCUGUGCAGUCUUCCUCCUGCUUAAAGCAUUGCCUACUUACUUCAGAAGGCUUAAGGCAUUCUCUUGAACAGUAGGAAUGCUCUCAUCUCUGGAGAGCACUGGGACAUAACAGGCAAACAAAUCACAUCACUGUUCGAGUAGAAUAUACUUUGAUAGAUGUGCUCUUUAAAGUUGUCCAUAAGUUGAAAUAUUUUAAUUACAUCAAGAUAGCACAGUAUUUGAAAUUUUAGUGGAACCUUGGGUGAAACAAAAAAAUUUUU